AGUUUCCAUUGCAUUGUCAAAUUAAGAUGGAGCAGGUUCACAGUUUCUUACUUGCAGUGGCUUUCUUAGCAUCCAUCUUCUUCUUCUCAUCAUUAUUAUGGGGAGCUUUGGAUUGGGUUUGGUUUAAACCCAGGAGAUUGGAGAGGGUCCUAAAACAGCAAGGCCUGAAGGGCAACCCUUACAGAGUCCUCUCAGGGGACAUGAAAGAUCUUGCCACCAUGAUAAGGGAUGCCACUUCUAAACCCAUGAAUCUCUCUGAUCAUUACACGCCCACAAGACUCAUUCCCUUUUAUCUUCAUCUAAUCAACAAAUAUGGUAGGAAUUGCUAUGUGUGGAUGGGUCCAAGGCCUAUGGUGCUCAUCACAGAUCCUGGUUUGAUAAAGGAGGUUCUCAAUAAACCUUAUCUGUUUCAGAAGCCCCGGACGAACCCACUGGUAGGGAAGUUGGUCCAAGGACUAGCCAGCUAUGAGAAAGAUCAAUGGGAAAAACACAGAAGUCGCUUUUGGACAUUAUGUAUGCUUUAUGUUCAAAGACAUGUUUAUGGUAGAUUACUUUGGGAAUCUGCAAUGCUAAUGCAACCAGCUUUCUUGCUAAGUUGUGGUGAAAUGGUAAAAAAAUGGGAAGAGAUUGUCUCGCAAAAACAGUCUUGCGAGCUUGAUGUGUGGCCAGACCUUGAAGGCCUGACCUCUGACGUGAUCUCUAGGACAGCUUUCGGGAGCAGCUACGAAGAAGGAAGGAUGAUUUUUGAACUCCAAAAAGAGCAAGCCAUGCACGUUAUGGAAGUUUUACGCCAGGUUUAUGUGCCCGGGUGGAGAUUUUUGCCAACUAAGAGGAACAAAAGAAUGAAUGCCAUCGAGAAGGAAGUGAAAUCAUUGAUCAGGGAUAUUAUAGGCAAGAGAAUGAAGGAAAGGAGUGCUAAGUAUUAGAAAUAUUAGAAUCAAUUCACAGCAUAAUUUUCAUCUUAUUAAAUUCAUCAUCAAAAUGAUGAGUAUAAAAUAAAUAUUACAAAGUAAAUAAUCAAGACAAUCAAGGAAGGUAAGUGGAAGAUAAUCAAAUAUCUUUGAUUGG